AUAAUGUUCAGCUUGGCUCAGACAAUGGGAACCUUGAGCUUGACCCACUUGCUAAGAGUAGAGUUUAUUUACAACAGCCGCAACUGCGAGCAUCUUGUGCGCGAUGAAAGUUAUGGUUAUUUAUAGAUUAUAAAUCCACAAAUGUGCAGGAAGUGAUAGCAUUUCUCUCCAGUUUUAAUUGGGACAUACUGCUGAUGAAUAAAUCAGUUUAUGCUUAAUAUGUUUUAUGAUGUAAU